AUGGAACCGCUCCAGCUGAAGCUGCAGGACUACCAAAACGGGGACUUCCAUCCCAGCUGCCUCUUCGAAGUGCCGAGCGGCGGCCAGAUGCGGAGAACGUCUCUGAAGUUCCAGCGUCCGGCCCUGGAUGAGAAUGGCCACCGAGAAGCGGAAGAACUGGAGCAAUUCCCGGUGCUGGAGGCCGCCUACGCCACCAUCCUCCGGGGUUUGGGCGAAAACCCCGGGAGGGAAGGGCUGUUGCUGACGCCUCGGAGGGCGGCCAAAGCCAUGCAGUUUCUCACCAAGGGCUACUAUGAAACGGUCGAAGAGAUACUCAAUGAUGCUGUUUUUGAUGAAGAUCAUGAUGAGAUGGUUAUCGUAAAGGGCAUUGAUAUGUUUUCUCUUUGUGAACAUCACUUGGUUCCUUUCUUUGGCAAGGUGCACAUUGGGUAUUUACCAAGAAAAAAAGUUGUUGGAUUAAGCAAACUUGCAAGAAUUGUUGAAAUGUUUAGCAGAAGGCUCCAAGUCCAGGAGCGACUUACAAAACAGAUUGCUUUAGCAAUUACUGAGGUUCUGAAACCUGUUGGAGUGGCUGUGGUGAUAGAAGCCUCACACAUGUGCAUGAUCAUGAGGGGGGUUCAGAAAAUGAACAGCACAACAAUCACUAGCACUAUGCUCGGCAUCUUCCGGGAAGAUUCAAAAGCAAGGGAGGAAUUUCUUGCCUUGAUCAAGAAUUAA